AUGAAGGCUAACGCAAUGACCUCUCUGCUCAUCCUCAUCCUCACCAUCCUCCAACUCUCCCUCGUUCACGCGCAAAUCAGCUAUGACUCGAAGACAAACCACCUCCUCUGCCCCGCGCCAAACACGCAUUACUGUGCCGCGGCAUCUCUUCAGGGCUCGUCUAUCGUUUCAUGUACGCCUGAUGGAAUGGCGGAAAUCCGGUCUUGCAGCACUGAGUAUGUCACUCCUCUUCUCCACUACUCUGAACUUCAUCGGAUAUUAUCUGGUAUCCUUCCAGUUGGAUAUGAAGAAGCCGCUGUUUGCUACCAAUCAUCCUCUCACUCCGGCAACGCCGUCUGCGCCUUCAACGGAACGGGCUACACAACCGAGGGAUUGGAGGUGAAUGUACCGGAGACGGUGCUCUGUGAUAAUAUAACCCUCAUUCGUCCGUACGCCGAAAAGAUCAAUGGCGACGCGGAAACAUACGACGCAGCAGCAACCGACUAUCCAUAUGAACCCCAGCCUGCAGUUUCAAUUGUGCGUGGGAGCUCCGAAGGGCAUUCACCUUACUCUCCAAUUUCGCCCUCUCAGCAUACAGCUACACCUCUGGACCUCCCAUCAGCAAGCACCUCUACCUCCCGAAACCCAGAUGCAGGCGAGGGCAUCAUCUGCUCAAAUCCAUGGGCUAGACUGGGCGCCAAAACUGCAGAUAUCCUGACGCUGGUUAUCGUCCUCGUGUUCCCUACACCCGCUCCUGAAAUACAGUCCCAGCUAUCGACUUGGUUUUCAUCGACUUCUUCUAUGCCAACCCCAAUUACCCCAUGUACGGAGAUGCGCACUCUGGCUCCGUCUCGGACUACUGGGCUGAGUAGCCAGCGUAUACCAUCUUCGUCGAGUAUAGAGGCAACGCUGACGCUCUAUGGGAGUCCAACUACGGAUCCUGGAGUGAUUGAGUCGAAUAAGUUCAAUAGUGGGAACAUCCUGCACAUGGGAAUACUGAUAUCUCCUACUGUUUGGGCACUGAUGGCGUGUCUUGUCACCUUGAUGUGUUGA